AUGUCUUCAGCUAUAAUAAGAACAAAAGAUCGAAGACAAGAAGGUUAUCAAUCUUUUACAAAUCCAAAUCAAAGUCCAUCAUUCACAAAUCAUUAUCACAACAACGGUUAUAUUAACAACGUUAACCAUAAUACCAAUAAUCAUGCUACUAAUGUUGCUAAUAAUCAUUUUUCAAUAUCUCCAGGUCCAAAUUCAUUCAAACAAAUUGAACAAAUAGUUUAUGAUGAAAGUUCUAGCAGACAUAUGCAUGAUCGAAUGUUAUUUCUACUUUUUAAUUUAGUUGGUAGGAAUGUUAUUGUCACUUUAAAAAGUGGUGUAAAAUAUCAAGGUUUUUUCAUGGCAGCAUGUACAGAUGGUGGAAUUGGCGUGGUGUUAAGAUUAGCCAAAAGAGUUUUAUCCAAAAGUGAAGAAAAAACCACAUCAAAUCCUGCAAAAGAAUCUUUUAUCAUAUUAGAAAAGGAUCUUAUGGAUAUAUAUGCUACUAAUGUUGACUUUUCUGCAUCAGAAAAAUCAAAUUUAGAACAUAAUUUAGGCCAAGAAAAUGGUGAUACUUGGGAUCAAUUUGCUGCAAAUGAACAAUUGUUUGGAAUUGCCACUGAUUUCAAUGAAGAAAUUUAUACCACAAAAUUAGAUCGCUCAAAAGCUGAUUUUAAAGAACGAGAAAAGGCUGCUAUCGCUCUUGCAAAUGAAAUUAACAGAACUGCUACUACAAAUACUCAUAUGCUAGAAGAACGUGGUUGUAUCAUUGAUGAAAAUCAAAUGGACGAAGAAGAACGUUACGGCGCUGUUAUUCGUAAUCGUGAUCCAAAAGAAACAAAAUCAUUUUCAUCCAUUAAUAACAACAAAAAUAAUAAUGGUAGUGAUGGUGAUAAUAUUCUAAAGGCAAUACCUUUAACUAAUGGAACUGCUGAAACUACUAAUGAAGCAGCUACAUCUGUACAAAAGAUGUCUAAUUUGGCUCAAUUCCGAAUAACAGAACCCAUUGAUGUAUUAAUUCAAAAGUUAGAUUUGCCAUUACCAAAAGAUCUUAUUCCAAUUUUGACAAAAGAUGAAUCUAAACAUAAAUUAUUCGAAGAUAAAACAAUCAUAUCCAAACAUUCGGAUAUCAAAACAGAUCUUAAAAAACCCGAAGCAUCAGAAUGGAAACCAAAUCCUAAUGCGGCAAGUUUCACUCCGGUAUGGGUUGUCACUAAUACCAAUAUUGAUAGAAAAUCACCUGAUUCAUCACCUUUCUUUGGAAAUCAACAAUUAAAGAAAAAUUCUGCAACAAUUAAAGAUGGUUUUCAUAAAGGAAAACCAUUAAUAAAUCCAAAUACAAUUCUUGUCAAUCCAAGUUAUGGAUUUAUGCCUUACUCUGUUGCACCUUUUCGAUAUCCAAAUUCAACUCAAUAUGGUGUAGUCUCUUUACAACAACCUACACAAAUGUCAUAUAUGCAACCAAGGUUUGUGCCUAGUAUGCCAUUCACUACACCUUCAGUUCCAUCAACUGGUGCACCUCAAAUAUACAAUCCGCAAAUCCAACCAAUGGUUCCACAACAUUUUGGCUCACAGGGAUUUCCAUCUCCAGGCUGUACACCAAUGAUUCCAAAUGGAAUGCGUCCACAUAUGUAUCAGCAAUAUCAAAAUCCACAUGCAAUACCACCAGUUAUGAGAUAUUCAGUACCUCAAGCACUGCCAAAUUUGGGACAAAGACCUAUGAUGAUGAUGGAACCUCAUUAUGUAAAACAAUCUGAAACUAACCCAAUAAGUAAAUUAAAAAAGUAA